GCCCCAAAAACACCGACUACCAAGUCGAAACUUUGGAGAAUAUGAACAAGCUGUUCACAGGAGGCCAUUGGAAUAAAUCUCGCAACACGACGUGCUUCUUUCCAGGGUGGACAAAAACUGCCUUAAGUGCAGACUAUGGUUUGCGCUUCGUGGAUGCGUACCUUGCCAACGACAUCUACAACGUGUUAGUGGUGGAGUGGCCAACCCAACAGGAGUACGCGGAGUUGGUGUGUCAGAUGCCGUACUUGGCGGCGCGACUGGCCAAAGCCUUGGACAACUUUUCGCUGGCCAGCGGCGGCGACGUCUCCACGAUGAUCUUCGUGGGCCACAGUUUGGGCGCUCACCUCUGCGGUAACACUGCCCGCCUCCUCGCCGCCCUCAAGAUCACCUUUCUCGCCGCACUGGAUCCCGCGGGCCCGCUGUUCUCGGUGCCGUGGCGCUGUCAAUUCGGCGUGGGCGCCAACGACGCGGAGGUCGUCGUGGGCGUGCACACGGACGCCGGGAGGACCGCCUCUGCAACGGACGUCGGCAUCGCCGACUACUACGCCAACAACGGCACCGCCAUCCAGCCAGGCUGCACGGCCUUUGACACGAACCCCGCGCAGUGCACCAACCAGUUUCUCUGCAGCCACAUGCGAGCGCUGUUCUACUGGUGCGAGGCCAUCAGUCGUCCAGGGAGCGUCAUCGGCCGCUUCUGCCCUUCCAGCAGCGCCUACACCGCGGGCAUGUGCUCCGACUACGUCACCAACGACAUCACCGUCCCUCCCAGUACUGUCGGCCACUACUACUUCACAACUAAUGCUGAGGCUCCAUUUGGUAAAGGAAUCAACGGAGCAUAAUUAAUUGCUGUCAAGCGACGCCACUUUGAAUUUGUUGUCGCCGCAUAUGCUAUACACCAGUUACAAUACCUCAAAUAAGAAAUGAGGAUUGGAACGGGUGAAAAUAGAUAUUUGAAGAUAUGCUCUUGUAAACAAAUAAUACAAUAAUGUAAUAAAAUGUAAGCAAUGAAGAAAAUUAAACA